UAAAAAAACAAGACCCACCGAGUUGUUCCGAAAGUGUAGCUACGAUCACAGCCGUUCACUUUCAGUUCCUUCAGAAUCAAUACCGAAAGCCAAUUCAAAGUCCUAAUUUCACUGGUUUUAACGUCCCCGAUCGUCCUUUAAUCUUACCCCAACCAUAACCCAGCAGUAACCCUAGUCAUCCCCCUUAAACCCCAGUGCUAUAUAAAACCCCACAAAAAACCAUGUACCCCAUAAGAAGAGAAAGGAGGAGGAGGAAAAGAAGAGGAGGAAGAUGGAUUGGAGGAUAAUGGGUUUGGAUUCAUCAAUGCUGUCUGCCCUCCAUGACAUGAUAGACAUGUACGAGGAGCCGAAGACGCAGCAACCAUCGAGAGCCUACGUGCGCGACCACAAAGCCAUGAACGCGACGCAAGCAGACGUGAAAGAGUACCCAAACUCGUACGUCUUCCUGGUGGACAUGCCGGGUCUGAAGCCGGACCAGAUCAAGGUCCAGAUCGAGGAACCCAACAUGCUGGUGGUGUUUGGAGAGAGGAAGCAUGAGAAGGAAAAGGACGAGAAAGAGGGCGUGAAGUUCCUGAGAAUGGAGAGGCGACUUGGGAAGUUCCUCAAGACCUUUAUGCUGCCGGAGAAUGCAAAUCCCGAAGCCAUAUCGGCUGUUUAUCAGGACGGCGUGCUCACUGUGACUGUUGAGAAGAAGCCACUGCCAGAGCCGAAGAAAGCCAAGAGCAUUGAGGUCAAAGUUGGUGGAUAAGUUAUGUGGGUUACAAGGGUUUAUAUAUAAAAUAUAUGAUAUGGUAUGGUAAUAUAAGUGUAUGAGGGUGACCAUGUCGAAGUUUCUCUAGUUGAGAACUUGGCUGUGUGCUACCUUUUUGUCUGGCUUUGUUUCAAGUGAUCCAUGGAUAUGGUGGAUAUGGUGGAUCUGGUAUCUAUGUAAAUUAAUGUGGAAAAUAGUGAAUAAAUAUGAGUUUUAUGUGUGCA